UUCACAUUUAUGACAGUAUUUCCAUUCUAGUUUUAUAGCUUCAGAGUUGCAUGUAUUUUUGCCACAUAUUAUAUUUGUCGAAUUAUUAAAUGUUAAGAUAACUACACAUAUAUAAUAGAGUGCUUAACACGAACGGCCUUUCAAAAUGAUGGCCGGAAAAGUAAUGGAGACGGAUGAACAGAAUAGAAUAAGGUUUCAAGUAGAACUAGAGUUUGUUCAAUGCUUAGCAAACCCUAAUUACAUUCAUUUUUUAGCACAGAGGGGCUAUCUUAAGGAACAACCAUUCAUAAAUUACUUAAAGUAUCUACAGUAUUGGCGGGAUCCAGAAUAUGCCCGCUAUCUUAAGUAUCCUAUGUGCCUACACUUCCUAGAACUAUUGCAGCAUGAAGCCUUCCGGCGGGAAUGUGUAUCAGCUCAGGUGUGCAAGUUUAUGGACGACCAAGCUAUUCUGUUGUGGCAGCAUUACACUCGGCGGCGUACGCGUACUCUACAGCCGCCGGAUGCACCAGUCCCGCCCGCAGCCGGAGCGCCGCCCCAUCCCCCAGCAAGGCAGCAGUCCUGAGAACAAAGUAUUACGGAUUGACCAUUAUCAAUCCCAUACACAACAUCCAGCAUCAAACAUUUUAAUAACUUGGUCGAUGUUAUAAAUGAGAAAUUUAAUAAUAUUUGGGACUAUGGGUUUCUCUGUGCUCUCGAAUGUAACAAAUGUUUUAUAAUGUUCAAAGUAAAUAUUCUUUAAUGAUACUUUGAGACUGAAAUUUGUAUGUGUUUAAUUGAUAAGUGUAAAUAUAGACUUUUUUUUGAAAA